AUGGUGAAAUUUUCGAAGGAUCUUGAGGCUCAAUUGAUUCCCGAGUGGAAAGAUGCGUUCGUGAAUUACCGGCAACUAAAGAAAAACGUGAAGGAGAUUAAGCUUAAGAUUUCCAGAAACCCAGAAGAAACCCAAUACAAACAUGAAUUUGGGUCCUCGCUCUUGAACCCCAUUCGCAGCAUUGCAAAUAAAAUCACCACCAGGUUUCGCAGUGGUGGUGUCCAAACCGAGAUAAUUCAGGUGAGAAGCAGAAACAGCGGAGGUGACGAGGAAGAUCUCUACGAAACCGAGCUUGUUCAGUUGUUUUCAGAGGAAGAUGAGGUGAAGGAGUUCUUUAGCAGGUUGGAUGAAGAACUUAACAAAGUGAACCAGUUCUACAGAAGCAAAGAGAGUGAAUUUGUAGAGAGAGGAGAAAUCCUCAACAAACAGCUCCAAAUACUUCUUGAGCUGAAACAAAUAAUUCAUGAACGUCGCCGGAAGAAUCUUCAGUCGAGGUUGGAUGCCGGAGCACUUCCUCGUUCCAACUCUUCGUCCGUCCGAAGCUCCCAUCAUUCAGAAAUUUAUACCGAAACCGACGAGACUCUGCCCGAUGAGACGCCUGCAGCAACCAACGACAUGCUUGCAGCGUUGGAGAGGAAUGGCGUGAAUCUUAUGGCGGGCUCGCCUGCUCCAACAAAGACAAAGAAAGGGAAGACAAAGAUGGCAAUAAGGGUCGAUAUUCCGGCGACAACUCCGACGAGAACAAUAACGGCGGUCACGUCGAUGCUUUGGGAGGAUCUUGUAAAUAACCCUAAAAAGGAAAGCGCGGGAGACUCCAUUAACAGGAAGAAGAUCCAGUGUGCAGAAAAGAUUAUCAGAGGAGCUUUCGUGGAGCUCUACAAAGGACUGACUCUACUGAAAACUUACAGCUCAUUGAAUAUGGUGGCUUUUACAAAGAUACUUAAGAAGUUCGACAAGGUGGCAAACCAACAAGCUUCUGAAAGUUAUCUGAAAGCGGUGAAGAGAUCACAUUUCAUCAGUUCCGACAAGGUGGUAAGACUGGCGGAUGAAGUGGAGUCCAUCUUCACACAGCACUUCGCCAACAACGACAGGAAAAGAGCAAUGAAGUUUCUCAAACCCCAACAGAACAAGGAUUCUCACAUGAUCACCUUCUUUGUUGGCCUCUUCACGGGUUGUUUUGUUACGCUAUUCGGUGUAUACGCAAUCUUGGCUCACUUGUCCGGUAUGUUCUCGGCAAGAACGGAAGCUGGAUUCAUGGAAACCGUUUACCCGGUUUUCAGCAUGUUUGCCCUGCUUAGUUUGCACUUGUUUAUGUAUGGGUGCAACCUAUUCAUGUGGAGGAGCACUAGGAUCAACUACAAUUUCAUAUUUGAAUUUCCACCCAGCACAGCUCUCAAGUACAGAGAUGCCUUCUUGAUCUGCACCUCCUUUAUGACAACAGUUGUGGCAGCCAUGGUCAUCCACCUCCUUUUGAGAUCCAAUGGGUUUUUGCCACAACAAGUCGAUGCAAUCCCCGGGGUUCUCCUUCUGUUUUACAUAGGAUUGCUUAUAUGUCCAUUCAACAUUUUCUACCGCUCAACUCGAUACUGCUUUAUCCGAGUUAUGCGUAACAUCAUAUGCUCUCCAUUUUAUAAGGUUGUGAUGGUAGACUUCUUCAUGGCUGACCAAUUAACUAGCCAGAUUCCAUUGCUAAGACACAUGGAGUCUACAGCCUGCUACUUUCUUGCAGGAAGCUUCAAAGCUCACCGGUACCAUACCUGCAACUCUAGUAAGCUUUACAAGGAGCUUGCUUAUGUUGUCUCAUUUCUGCCAUACUACUGGCGUGCUAUGCAGUGUUUUAGAAGAUGGCUCGAUGAAGGAGAUGUCAACCAUUUGGCUAACUUGGGGAAGUAUGUUUCUGCCAUGCUGGCAGCUGGUGCCAGGCUAACAUUUGCCAUGCAGCCUACUCAACUGUGGCUGGUUAUGGUCAUAAUUACUUCUUCAAUAGCAACUGUUUAUCAGUUAUAUUGGGAUUUCAUCAAGGAUUGGGGGCUUCUCAACCGAAAAUCCAAAAAUCCCUGGCUUAGAGAUGAUCUGAUCUUAAAGAAUAAGUGCAUCUACUAUGUUUCCAUUGCCUUAAAUCUGGUUCUAAGACUUGUUUGGGUGGAGACCGUUAUGCACUUUAACUUGCAUACUGUUGAGUCUCGGCUGCUAGAUUUUUUCUUGGCUUCACUUGAAGUAAUACGACGUGGGCAUUGGAAUUUCUACAGAUUGGAGAAUGAGCAUUUGAACAAUGUAGGCAAAUUCAGGGCAGUGAAGACAGUUCCAUUACCAUUUCGUGAGAUGGAUUCAGAUGACUGAAAUUGUUUGUGGGGUUGUAAAGUAAGUCUGGAACAAGAAGAAGCAGGUAAUCUUGAUAAAUGUUGGCAACAGGAGCCUAGUCUUUUAAUGUGAAAUAAUGUACUUAAAGGCUGUACAGAAGGACAGGCAAGACUAUGUGUAAUCUCCUUUGUGCAUUUGGUUAGUUCAGAUUGGGUGCCAAAUUGGAUUUAAUGCUUAAAAUAUAUCUUGGGUACAAGAUUUUGCACUCUA